AUGAACUGCGGUGCGGGGGCAGGAGUAUAUUCCGAGGAGCUUGGUGCCAAUCUGUCAAUGCGGCUGGCGAAUUAUGCCAGCAUAUUUCAGGCCGAAGGUCUGGUCAUAUUUGAGGCCGCUCUGGCAUAUGCUGCUGGAAUUGAAGGUGGUGUACCCACCACAAUUGAGGAACAUCCUUAUGUCNCUGUUGAUCGCAGCUACAGCAUCUGCAGUGGUGCUUUGAUCAAUGAGGAUACCGUUGUGCCCGCUGCAACAUGUUUGGAGUUCUACGAUAUCAGCCAAUUCGUUGUGAGUCUUAACAACGGUGCUAAAAUUGUAAAAAUUGCAAAGUCUACCUACGAUUCGGCGUUCGAUUUCGUUACCAUGGAAAAUGAUAUUGGCAUUCUGAAGUUGGCUGAGCCUGUUAAGGGUACUUACAUUCCACUGGCUGCCAAAGACCCAGCUACCGGUGCCACUGGCGUUGUGACCGGCUGGAAUGCAAACAACGAACUGGUCGAUAUUCCUGAAACUUUCAUCGAUACUAAGGAUUGUGUUUCUGGCGAAUACAGAUACACCGACGAUGAAGUCUUCCCCUCAAUGGUGUGCGGUCUUGCUAAGCGUUGCAAUGCUCAGGCCGGAAGUCCUUUCGUGGUCAAGAAUGAGUUGGUCGGUUUGGUGUCUUGGGGCUAUGGUUGUGCCAAUAAAGCCAACCCAACUGUCUUCACUAAUGUUCCAGCCUUAAAAUUAUGGGUUGAAAAGAUGUCAGCAAGCUUGUAAAAUAUGUAUAUGUAUAUGUUAUAGUGAUUUCGUUUCUACUAAAAAA